UUUACUAAAACCUGCAACUCUCCGGCACACACAUUCACGCACACACAUAUACAUACACAUUUUAUAUUUUGUCGAUCUGUAUCUAUAGCCACGUGAUACGCACGUGAUGGAUAAGAAUGUAGCUACCUCUUCUUCUUCAUUAUCUGGUAGGGAAGCUUCUGGCGGUGGUUUAGUUUCUAACGGCGUUAGUGAUUCUGUUAAGUUUGAGAAGGACGGUGCUAACGGUGGAACGGAGUUAGAUAACGGCGUUACUAGUACUACUUCUUCUUCAGGUCGUGGGAGGGUACCUAGAGUGAAUAAUAUACCAUCAGCAUCUUCAGGUUCUGAUAAGUUAGAGUCAUCUUCCAGUCAACUUAAACUGCGUAAAAUGUCAUCUGAUAUAUCAAGUUCCGGCAAGUUAGACUCGCCUUCCAGUCAUCAUAGGCUGGAAAAGUCGAAAACUGAAAGGCCUAAACGUGCCAAUAUACUUGUGGAAGAAGCCUCUCAGAUAUUUGAUCAGAAGUUAUCUGUUCGUCAAAAGCUCAAAUUGUUGAACAGAAUUACUACUGUAAAUGAGGACGGAACGGUAGAAUUCGAAAUACCUGCAGAUGUCGAGCCUAGGGCUUACGGGGUUGGAGCUGGGGAAGAUCAAAAUGUAGCCAAUGAGGAUUUUGUUGACUCAACGGAACCUCAAUAUUCUCCACCAUUGCAGAUAGUAAUGCUUAUAGUUGGAACGCGUGGUGAUGUGCAACCAUUUGUUGCAAUUGGAAAGCGUUUGCAGGAAUAUGGCCACCGUGUUAGGCUAGCAACCCAUUCAAACUUCAAGGAAUUUGUCUUGACUGCUGGAUUGGAGUUCUAUCCCCUUGGCGGAGAUCCUAAAGUUCUUGCUGAGUACAUGGUUAAGAAUAAAGGGUUCUUGCCUUCAGGCCCUUCUGAGAUUCCUGUUCAGAGAAGUCAGAUGAAGGAGAUAAUAUAUUCAUUACUCCCGGCAUGCAAAGAGCCUGAUCUUGAUAAUAAAAUUCCGUUUAAAGCAGAAGCAAUAAUAGCCAACCCCCCAGCAUAUGGACAUACACAUAUUGCAGAGGCUUUGAAAAUACCCAUUCAUAUCUUUUUUACAAUGCCUUGGACGCCCACUAGUGAAUUUCCUCAUCCCCUAUCCCGUGUCAAGCAACCAGCUGGAUAUAGACUGUCAUAUCAAAUUGUUGAUUCUUUAAUUUGGCUUGGAAUCCGAGACAUGAUAAAUGAUCUUAGGAAGAAAAAACUGAAGCUGCGGCCAGUCACAUAUUUAAGUGGUUCGCAAGGCUCAGAAGCUAAUGUUCCACAUGGAUAUAUAUGGAGUCCUCAUCUUGUUCCUAAACCAAAAGACUGGGGACCUAAGAUUGACGUCGUUGGAUUUUGUUUCCUUGACCUUGCUUCAAACUAUGAACCUCCGGAGGAACUUGUUAGAUGGCUUAAAGCUGGUCCAAAGCCUAUCUACGUAGGUUUUGGUAGUCUUCUUUUAUUUUUCUUUCAGCCUGUUCAAGAACCUGAGAAAAUGACAGAAAUAAUUGUUGAAGCAUUAGAAACAACUGGACAAAGGGGUAUUAUCAACAAAGGAUGGGGUGGUCUUGGCAACUUGGCAGAACCUAAGGAUCAUAUAUACUCAUUGGACAACAUUCCUCAUGACUGGCUUUUCCUACAAUGUGCAUCUGUGGUCCACCAUGGAGGCGCUGGAACGACAGCUGCUGGUCUUAAAGCCGCGUGCCCGACUACGGUCGUACCUUUCUUUGGAGAUCAACCCUUUUGGGGAGAACGAAUUCAUGCCAGAGGCGUGGGACCUCCGCCAAUAUCAGUUGAUGAAUUUACGCUUCCCAAGUUGAUCGAUGCAAUAAAGUUCAUGCUAGAUCCCAAGGUGAAGGAACGAGCUGUAGAACUUGCGAAGGCCAUGGAGAACGAGGACGGGGUGGAUGGGGCGGUGAAAGCGUUUUUACGACAUCUUCCACGAAAUGCAUCUGAUACCGACCCCGACCCCGACCCCCCUCAUUCAUCAUCAGGUUUACUUUCGAUACGUUCCUGUUUUGGUUGUUCAUAAAUCUCUUUUUGAUGGUCACAUGUUACGUGUCCUUCCACAAGCCAUCUAAUAUCAUCAUUUGCUUUAGCUAUGAAAAGGAUGCCCAAGUUUUUUCAUAAUCAAACUUACAAAAUGCCUGACUUGUUUGGUGAAUACUUUGAAAAGAAGUUUUUGUCAAGUCACUUUCCUUGUCAAGUUAAAAAACUGAAAAGAAGUUUUUGUUAAGUCACUUUUCUUGUCAAUCCCCGUGUUUAUAGUCGUCCUUUUUUUUUUCUGUGUGUGUGUGUGUCUAGGAAGAUUUAAAUCUUUUUGCUAUAGCAAUAUUCAUGUAAUAUUGAUGUUGAUUUCUAAAGUUUUAUAUUCUUUUUUAAUAAAGAACUCAAUGUUCAUUUUGGGUAA